AAUUUUUGACAGUUGCUUGUCAUUCUGUGCUUGUCAUUUGUCAUCAUAAUAGGUUGUCUUUACAAUAAAAAAGUGGAACAAGCAGUGUUUGAUGGAAAGUCAUUGUUACAACCUGAAAAGGAAACUGGGGUCAUUUUUACUUUUGCAAAUAAUUCAGUGACGUGAAUUUUGCUUGACAUUUCUUUUGUGAAUGUAUUAAAGUGAAAUGGCGGACUAUUUUCAAGAAAUGGGAUGGCAACCUCUACAGGAUGGUCAGGCUCCGAAUCAUCUUUUACAUUUUGCUCGGUUGUUUCGGGAUUAUAAUAUUUUUGAUGAAUCACUAACGCAAAAACUUGCACCACCUGCUUCAAAAGCUGCUGUAGAAAACCUGUCUACAGUCACAGUGACUAACCAAGGUGUGAAAUGCCCAGUUUGUUUAAAAGAAUAUGGACCAGGAGACGUCAUAAAGCGGAUGCCCUGUAAUCAUGAGUUUCAUUCCGAGUGUAUUUUACCAUGGCUUGCAAAAACGAAUUCAUGCCCCUUGUGCAGAUUUGAAUUGCCAACUGAUGAUGAGGACUAUGAAGCCUUUAGAAAAGAAAAAAUACGAGCUAAAAAAAGAGAAGCUGAACUUGAAACAUUGCAUAAUUCUAUGUUUUCUUGACUUUUAUUAAAUAUAUAGUGGACGUUUCUGUUGAACACAUGAUGUAAAUCCCGUUUUCAUUGAUCAAGUGUGUAAAUUAUAACAAUUUUACUAUU